AUGACUACAUUCAAUCUCUGCGCAUCCUACUCCGCCGUGAACAAGGCAGAAUUUAUUGUCGAUGCUGUCUUGUUUGACAUGGAUGGUACCCUCGUGGAUUCCAUUCCGGCGAUAGAAUCAGCAUGGGCUGCAGUUGCCAAGAAGAUCAACAAGCCAGCGGCUGAAGUCAUCGAAGCUACUCACGGCCGUCGUGUUAUGGACAACCUCAAGGAUCUCUACCCAAAUCUCAGAAGGAUGUCGGACGCUGAGAUGGCGCCUCAUGUGAAGGAGUUUGAGAUUGAGAUAUUGAGACAAGCAGAUGAGUACGGCAUCGAGGUUAAGAGCCGUCGUUCCAGUGUGGCUUCCAGCAGACGAGCCAGCAGAACAGCUUCUUUUGCUGGCACUCCUGACGAAAAGCCGCGUCGCAAGUCGAACUUGUCUCAAACAGUUACUCCAGACAACGUGUCGGCCCGUAUGGCGGCUAUGGGCAUUGCACCUUUGAGCUCAAACAACUCCAGUUCAUCGAUUCCGCAAGUCGAGAAACGCGCUAACACGCCUGCCGAAAUGUUAGCCAAGAAAAAACUCGCUGUCUUGCAGAGCUCGGUCAACCAGGACGUGUUUGAGGACGGGGAUGACUCAGAUGACGAUAUCCAAAUCGAUGUCUCUGAUUUGGUCGAUCGCUCUGUGCGCAUUUUACCUGGCGUGAGAAAAAUGACAGACUCCUUGCCAGCCGAUCGGUUCGCCAUCGCAACUUCUGCGGCAGUAACGCACUGCCACGGUGCCCUCCAGAGAGUUGGAAUCUCACUUCCCAAAAUCACCGUCACAGCGGAUGAUCCUCGUCUCGAACGAGGCAAACCAUUCCCCGACCCUUUUAUCCUCGCUGCUAAGUCACUUGGGUUCGAGCCUGAAAACUGUGUCGUGGUGGAAGACUCACCUUUCGGUAUUCAAGCUGGGGUAGCCGCCGGUGGCAAAACCAUAGCAGUUUCUACAUCUCACUCUCAUGACAAGAUUUCGCAUUGCGGCGCCACCUGGCUCAUCCCUACGCUAGAAUUAGUCCAAGUCGAAGUUCUACCCGAUGGAAAACUCCGAAUCUUUAUCGACGCCACUGAUAAGGAUAUCGAGCAGGCUCUCUCUAAAUGUGUCAGGAGCAAAAUCGAAGCCAAGCGUGUUUGA